AUGACCUUUGGCGCCAGCACCAGUACGACGAUCGACGAUUCCAAGCCGUCGACGCCAGCAGCGGGAUCGGUCAAGGAGGAUCGCUCCAAGCCCGAGUGCUCCAACUGCGGCGCCACCUCGACACCUCUUUGGCGACGCGACUCGAACCUUGCUUUGCAGUGCAAUGCCUGUGGUCUAUACCUGAAGCUGCACAAGGGCUCCAGCUCGGCCGCCAGAAGCGGCCCGACGAGCGGCACCGCAAGCGGCAGCACGACUGGUGAGGCUGCAGACUCGGACGAGUGGGUCGGGAUUCAUGCCGGCGCGUCGUGCGCGAACUGCGGCACCUCGACGACGCCGCUGUGGCGCAAGGACCCGGACGGCCGCAUCAUCUGCAACGCCUGCGGGCUGUACUACAAGCUGCACAGCGCUCAUCGGCCCGUCGCGAUGCGAGCCGACGUGAUCCGCAAGCGUGCACGC